CAUAGACUCAUUUGCCUAGCGUCCCUCCCGAAUAUAUGCCCGCACAUCUCGGUUGGAUUAACAAACGGUAUUGUCAGCAAUAGGCGACCCACCACCAAUCUAGGAACUAGCCACCUUGAGGGCUAAGACUGGCUGGGACAUGAAACUCAAACCGGUGGUUAGCCCGUAUGGGGAGCAGGGAGCUGAGCAAUCUGGACCGAACUACCCUCCUAAGGGACCCAGGUCGGAAAGAAAUUACAACACACAUUACAUCAACCUCGAUGUAAAGGCCAAAUGUGAGCUCGAAAAGAAGGCUGGUGCUACCCGUAUUCCUGAAAAAUACGGCGCAAUGUCUAAUGGGCAAGCACCCAGAACCAGGCCGGCGGGGAAAAGAAGCAGACGGAGUGUAUCGUUCAAGCAAGGUCAGCUUAAGAAGGUGAAUGGUGGAGCUAGGCUUCCAGAACCCACAGGGAUGGAGCGUCUUGAAUCCGCCGCUGAGAGACAGACAAGGAGUGUCGAGAAACGUGGUACCACCCUUGGCCCGAGAAAUGCCAUUAACGAACUAAAUGAUCAUAUUUCUGGUGAGAAUAUCAACAUAAAUGGCAUCAAGCCCCCCGAAAGUUUCCUCCUUUCCGCGCCAUCCGUUACAAACGGUAUAAACAGCCAUACUAUCAAGGAAGGCCCCUUGGCCGCUUUUGGUGACAGUCUCAGACUAGCCAUGGGAACACGCUCCUCGUAUCCCCAAUCCCUAUUCUUUUCUUCUUCGUUCGAACCAUGCACAAAUAGCGAUGAAAUCCUUGUGGCGCGGUCCCCGACCCUCAAGCUAGGCGAUCUUCUGUGGCGACAGACAAACUACGGAACAGAACGUGAAGGAUAUUUAGAUGCUACCAGCGCACCUCUACAUAGCCUUCAAUCUCCAUUUAUGUCUAGUUCUGGGGCCUCACUAGCCGAAGACUAUUUCAACACUCCUCGGCACAAUGGAUUCCCUAACCCAAAUACUCCCCUUCUGGAACCGGCACGAGGCAUGAGUGGCAUCUGGUCUGCAUCGUAUUUACGCCAAUCGCCUAUUAUCACGCCGCAAAACCAGGAAGAAAUGGUAUGGUCGCCGUUUAGCAAACCCGGGAAAACGCCUGUCCGAAGCUCCAGUGUCACUGGAUCGAGAUUCUUUCCCUCCCCGGCAACUCCUACCUUCAGAGCCCGGCACUCGUUUAACAAUACGGAAUGGGAGCAUUCCAGCUCUAUUGAAAGAACAGGCGAGCGUUCCGACGGGCGGUUCACUGCCCCGAUAUAUGAAGGUAAGUCCUACACCGAGGGGAGCUCACCCCUUUACCCAGGAUAUGUCCUGUUGGACACGCACUUGGAGGAAAUGUCGUAUCUCAUGAGGGCCCUAGAUACUCCAAUGGAGAUGCCAAUCGAAAGGUCCAUGAAAUCCUUGAGAAUCACGGAGAAAGGACUCCAGGGCGUGGAUGAGCUGUGUUUUCCAGUGUCACCGCCCGAUACCAUCAAGCCCUCGUCUAUCAAGAAACGAAAACAAACACCCUCCCCGAAACUUGUGAGGACGCCUUCGUUUUCUCUCCAACCAACACGGCUUAUAGUUUCAGACCAGCCCAGUGCUGAUACGUACUGUCUAAACACCAAACAUACCACCGUCAAGGUAUCCUUUCCGAAACAUUGCAGAGUGCCCAACCAAAAGAGCCAAUCAGAGGCACCAGAGCCCCGGCCCGAGGGCUUUUCGUCCACCUUUUACCGCAAGGCAGAUAACGGAUUUAUGUUUGUCCAAGAGCUCCAGCCUCGUCUCAGCUUCAAGAAGGUUGCCAACAGCAAAAAGAAGUACGACUUCACCACGUGUGUCAGGGUCAAGCUCAGCUUUCCCACAAGAGGCUCUAAGGUGAGUGUGGCCUCCCAGGUGUUACUUGAUGUGAAUAAGAUUGGGGGAAAGAUCGCUAAUAUUAAGCCUCUGAAGCGCGCAGGCACGUUUGGGACCAGAAAAGCGGCGUAGAAGCAAAUUUCUGGGUUAGGGGCGGACUAGGAGUGAUUUACCGGUGCUAGUACCCUCUCUAGAAUGAGAGAUCUCAAACAGACCAGCUAAUAUGGUGUGGACAACAAAAGCGAGUAGAAUGUCACCGAGUGGGACACU